ACCUAAAACCUUUAAAGUUGAAUGAUUUUUUUUUUGUUGUUUGUCUGUGUGAAUGUUUUUAAUUGAUCUCAAAAACAGUUGUGAAAUACAUCCAAAAAAACACAAAUAAAAUUGUUUAUAUUUUGAUCUUUUCUUCUUCUUUAUUCAACAAAUCGUCAUCAAUGGUCAAUAUUUUAUUAUUUUCUUCCCCUGUUUUUUGGUAUACUUUCUUCUAUCCUCUCUCUUUCCCCUGUUUCCUUCCUUCUACAUCGUGGAAUUUUUCAGCUGCUUUCACAUUUGGUACUUAUUAAAUUAUUUGUAUUAUCAUUUAAUUGGAUAUCAUUUUUGUUACAUUAAGAUUAGGACCAACAUCACUACAAUAAAAAAAAAAAAUUAAAGGUGUGACAAUUUUCUUAGACAAGAAAAUUCUCUCCUUUCAAAUUUUUUUUUUCAGAGCUUUCCACCUUUUUUUUUUUCCUUUUAUAUUCCCAGAAAUUUUUUCUGUUUAGAACUUCAAGUAUAGUUUAUUACACAAUUUUUUUCCUUUUACUUGUUUAAUUUCAUCUGGUUUAUUUUUUGCCACAUUUUUUUGACCAAUUUCUUAAUUGGGGUUACCUCAAUCUCCUCAAAAUUUUGUACUUUGGUUGUAUUAUACUAAAAUCAAGCUAAAUUCAUUGUAUUUUUUCAUUUCUUAGCUUCAACUUAUAUUUUUUAAGUGCCCAGAAAUUGCUUCUGUUUACUUUGAUCUAGGUUUUGUUAUUUUCUCACAAAUUUUGGACCAAAAUUUCAACUGGGUUUUUCCCAAUUUUCAUUAUUUCUGAACUGGUUUUUUCUGAUAAUUUCAUUUUUUUUUCCUCAACUGGGUUUUUCUCAAUUUCAAGUUUGCUCAGUUGAGUCUUCUCAAUUUUCCAUUUUUCUGAACUAUUUUUUUCAAAAAAAAAAAACAUGGGUGUGAUGUAAAAAAGUUCAAUCAACAAUUAUAUGAAAAUUGUGUUGAUUGAGAGGUUAUUUCUAAAAAUUUCAAAGAUGAAUUGUUUCACCUCAUUCAAGAGGAAGGGUAAAGAAAAGAAGCAAUCAAAUUCAGCUCCUGAAUUAAGAAAUCAAAAUCCUUCAAAUGCAUCAAAUAAUCGAGUAUCAAAAUCGGCAAAUUCAGCCUCAUCAUCAAGAAGUAUACCAGAAUUAUAUAGAGAGAAGCAACAUAAUUUGAGGGUUUUCACUUAUAAUGAGCUUAGAGAAGCUACAAAUGAUUUCAACAAGUUGUUGAAAGUUGGUGAGGGUGGUUUUGGAAGUGUUUAUAAAGGUACAAUUAAGCCUAUUAAUGGCAAGGGUGAUCCUAUUGUGGUUGCUAUUAAGAAGCUUAACAGAUAUGGCAUGCAGGGCCACAAAGAAUUUCUUGCUGAAGUUCAAUUCCUCGGCGUUGUUGAUCAUCCUAAGCUGGUAAAGCUUUUAGGAUAUUGUGCUGUAGAUGGAGAAAGAGGAAUUCAGAGGCUGUUAGUGUAUGAAUAUAUGCAGAAUAAAAGUUUGGAACACCAUUUGUUUGGGAAAAACUUUCCUGCUCUACCAUGGAUAAGAAGGUUACAGAUAAUGUUGGAUGCUGCCGAAGGAUUGAGUUAUCUGCACGAUGGAAUCGAAGUUCAGGUGAUAUUCAGAGACUUUAAGUCUUCGAAUGUGCUUUUGGAUCAGCAUAUGAACGCAAAGUUAUCUGACUUCGGGAUGGCUAGAGAAGGGCCGAGUGGGGAUGCCACUCAUGUGUCAACAGCGCCAGUGGGAACAUUUGGAUAUGCAGCCCCGGAAUAUGUUGACACGGGCCAUUUAAAGCAAAAGAGUGACAUUUACAGCUUUGGGGUGGUACUUUAUGAGAUCUUGACUGGUAGACGAGCCAUAGAGAGGAAUCGUCCAGCCUCAGAGCAGAAACUGCUAGACUGGGUGAAACAGUUUCCAGCUGACAGUAAGAUGUUUAGCAUGAUGAUGGACUUCCGCCUUCGAAAUCAGUAUCCCUUAAGCACUGCCCGAAAAAUAGCUAAGUUAGCAGAUAGAUGUUUGGUCAAGACAGCAGAAGAACGACCCAAUAUGAGUGAAAUUAUAGAGGUGUUGAAAGGGGCUGUCCUAGAAUCAGAAGCAAGCUCUUCUCGAGUAAACACCCCACAAACAAGUAAAGCUAAAUAGAGGAAUUAUCUACUAAUUAAGAUUCAAUUUAUUAGAGAAGUAAAGCAUGAUCAUGCUGUAAGCUAAGUCUUACAAUAUGAUGCAAAUACCAAAAAUUAUGUAUUUAUCAGUCAUUUUUAGUAGAAAAUAAUUAAAACUCUAGGUUCAAUGAUUAAGUGAGUACAUUUGAUUUUGAUUCAUUUAAGCUUAUUUUGCGGAGAGUUUGUAAUGAAUCAGAUCAUUUGCCUUGAUUUUCUGCUUCAUUGCAGCAUUUGUGUCUGUAUAUAAUCAAAUUUGUUAUGUUAGCAUUUGUUUAUCGUC